GCAACUGGGCGAUGCACCUCCUCCUCCUCUCAGCAGCAGCAGAGUCGCUCCCUGUCUGACAUCCUCACAUCUGGAUGACACUUAGUUCAUUUCUUCACAACAACUAUUAUCAGGACAACGUUUUCGGCUGCACAUCUGAAAACUGACCAUCGUUUUUUUUUUUGUUUGUUUUUUGUUUGCUCUUGAACGAACGAGCCCCCCUGUGGGAGGAUCUGCUUUUAUUUUGAGACAGCUGAUAAGUUGAACCGAAGAUGGUGAAGGAAACGCAGGACAAACUCGCUUGAUUUUUGGUCAUUUGUGUCCUCAGUUUGUGUCCACUGGAGGCUCCAUAAUAUCUGGAGAGCGACUAUACAGGGAGCAGAGGAGGCUGGUCAUCGAUUACAGGCUGCAGGAAGGAGCACACAGCAGCAGCCAUGCUGUCAUUGGACGAACCGUUGGACUUGAAGCUUCCCUCAGGACGGACCGACAGUCCGGUCCGACUAGGAAAGAGGGCUUGUCCCUCCUCUAUCUGCGCUCCUCUCAGCACCACACGACCACGCCUGCUGUACACAACCUUCCCGUCUCCACCCCCUUCCCCAGAGUCCCAGUCUUCCCCUCAAGAACGACCCGGGUCCUGCUUCAGUCCUCCAGCCAUGGACCUCAGCCUGUCCCCGUCUUCCCGUCAUGCCUCCUCCCUCUCCCCGUCUCCUUCCUCCCCUUCCUCCCCCUUCCCUUCCUCACCCCUGGAGUCCCCCCACAGCAGCAGCAGCCCUCAGCCACAUCUCUUCUCACGGGAGCCAGUUCGUCAUCGAGGUCUGGAGGGCGGAGCUUCACCACAGGGUUAUCCGUUUUACCUGCCAAUUGGAAGUCCACCGCGGGCGUACAGCUUCCCCUCCUCCGUGUUCAUUGGUCAGAACCGAGAGAAGCAAGUGUCACCAGAGCCCUCAUUGGACGGUCAGCUGGCCUGCCGUUGGAUGAAGUGCCACCUGUUGUUCGACUCGCUGCAGGACUUAGUGGAUCACAUCAACGACUUCCACGUCAAGCCUGAAAAGGAUUCUGGGUACUGCUGCCAGUGGGAGGGCUGUGCUCGAAACGGCAGGGGCUUCAACGCCAGGUAUAAGAUGCUGAUUCAUAUCCGCACACACACCAAUGAGAAGCCGCACCAUUGUCCCACCUGCAACAAGAGCUUCUCACGUCUGGAGAACCUGAAGAUUCACACCCGCUCACACACAGGAGAGAAACCCUACGUCUGUCCUUAUGAAGGCUGCAGCAAACGUUACUCCAACUCCAGCGACCGCUUCAAACACACCCGCACCCACUACGUUGACAAGCCUUACUACUGCAAGAUGGCAGGCUGCCUGAAGCGCUACACAGAUCCCAGCUCGCUACGCAAACACAUCAAGGCCCACGGGCACUUUGUCGCCCAGGAGCAAGGCACUGCGAGCAGGCUGGGCGCGGGGCUGGGCCUCCCCGGGCACCAGAGCGCCGUUGAACUGCCCGCUGUAGGCGGGGCCCACAUCAUCAUCCCCGGGGCUGCUGCAGCUCUUCUCGGGGGCCUGGGGGCCUCUUUGCCUCUCUCUGCUUUCUGCCACGCCAGAGCCCUGGGCCACCACGGGGCGCCGUUCUUCUCCUUGAGCGGAGGAAGCGGCAUGGGUCCACUCGGCCUCUCGGACUCUCCUCUGUUACACUUUGGACUCUCAGCUGCGUCGAUGUUGGGGCUGGGAGCUCUGGGAGGUCUGGGACGGAUGGUGGGGAAGCACACGGAGGGCGAAGAGGAAGAGGAGGAGGGAGAGGAGGUGGAGGUGCUGAAUCUGUCUGCAGGGGUGGGGCACAGACGGAGCGACGCUUUGUCCUGGGUGGUUGUUCCCCCGAGAGCACUCCUCCUCAAACCAGCUGUCGUCAGCUAGAAGGUGCACUCAGCCACGCAGAGAACCAGGAAGAGUGUGUUUGAGUUGCUGUUUGAAUGCAUGUAUGACUGAGUGUAUUGUUCACAGGUAUGUGUGUGUGUGUGGGAUAAAAGGUCGCUGUCACCUGCAGAGCCAGAAAAAUCACUUCAGUCAUUCCAGCCCAGAAACAGAAGACUGAGAAGUCUUUGUGUCGAGUGUACAAAGCCUAAACCUAAACUUAAAGUGUUGGGUUGCAAAAGUCUUACACUUUAAAGGGUCAGUUCACCCAAAUGAUAAAAAUAAAAUAACACAGCACCCCUAGUGGUAUCUGGCCACGCAGAUCCAUUUUCAUCUGCUGACAUUUUCAGAUAUUGUUCUUAGAUUUCUGGUGAAAACAGCAUUGAAAGAACAUAAAAAAAGUCCCUGUUAUUUUGGAUAACCCACGGCAUCACUGUGAACACUUCCUAUAUUUGAACUACAAUGAGACUUUCUAAUGUAAUUUCUAGCCACGCUGAGGAGCAAUAGACAACACAUUCUCACUCCCAACUCGUCAAUACCGCUGCUUGGUCAGUGUCCCUCGACAUCAGAUACCAACGCACGGGGUACCCCUAUUGCGUUACUUUUGGACGGACCAGGGACGGCCUGUCAAUAUACACUCGUUACAUGCAUAGUGUCCUUUCAAAAUAAACUUCAGUUUUCAAUGGAAGUUAGG